CAUCAGAGCUAUGGGGCAGUCGGGCCCUCUGCUCCGCCGUCAGCCCUUCAAGGGACUCUACAUCGCAUACCUCGUGGGCUCCACGGUCUUGAUCCGCCUACCGUACUGGUGUAUACGCUACGCGCUACCAUACAUGCGUCCUAGGUCGUCCUGGUCCCUCAGACGAUGCGUCACGGUUGCUGCAUAUAGAGAGGUCUUGACCGGCGUUCCUUUGAAGCUCGGUCUUGACAAUAGUCAUCCUCCCCCAACGUCAGACAACGAGCUGAAGGACGCGAAGUUCGUACGGAUCGAAGGGCUCAGCGAAGACUCCGUCGAAUUCUGCGGAGAGCUCCGUAGAGCAACGAGACGCACAGGCAUACGGCCAGAGACAAUAUCUGCCUACUGGUUUCUCAGACCUGGAACAAAUAUUACAAGGGAUCUGCAGGCGACGGCGGGGGAGAAGGUUGCAAUGCAUAUCCAUGGAGGUGCUUUCUACUUAAACAGCGCUCAUCCCGACGAUGCGACGUCCCAGUUAAGCCUUGGGCUUCUGGCACAUAGUCACUCACUGAGCCGGGUGCUCGGUGUGGAUUAUAGGCUUUCAGCAACGGCGCCCAACCCACCGAAGAAUGCUUACCCCGCAGCGCUGCUCGAUUGCGUCGCGGCGUACCGAUAUCUCGUCAAGGAGCUGGGGUUUGCGCCCGAGAACAUAACCAUUGUCGGGGACUCCGCAGGUGGAAAUCUCGCAGUCGCCACGACUCGGCACCUUGUCGAAAACUCCAUUCCGGGACUGCCGCCGCCAGGUCGUCUUCUCCUGUGCUCCCCUUGGCUGGAUAUCGCGGGUAGUCGCGGCGGACCCAACGACCCGAGGGUCUGCAACUGGUAUAGCGAUAUCCUGGGCGGCCUCUCAGACUACCCGCACAGAGCCUACCUCGGGACGCUGAUCGACGCGGGCGAUAAGAAGACGAACCCAUACAUCUCCCCUGCGUCGGGGUAUAUCACCGAGACCGAAGGCUUGUUUAAGGGCUUUCCGCGUACGUACAUCUCAGCGGGCGGCGCGGAGUUGAUCUUGGACGACUCUAUUGUGGCUGCAGAGAGGAUGGAGGCCGACGGCGUGGACGUCGUGCUUAAUGUCGAGCCCGACGCUGUACACGAUUACAUGAUCUUCACCUGGAUGGAGCCUGAGCGCACCGAGGGUCUCAAGAAGGCGAGCAAAUGGUUGGAUAGCUGAGAAGCCGGUAGAACGACGGACUAUACCCGAUGGACUUGGUCGGACGAGCUUGAGGACUGGGAGGUUGCGCGUUGUAUUUGAGGUGUAUAUUCCUGGUGUGCCUUUAUACAGGUGUACUUCAGCUCUGUUCAAAAUGUACAUAGCUUGCAAGUACUGGCCGGUGUAUGGUCGAAUAGAGAGAACGCC